CUCCGCCGGGCCGAGCCGCGGUCCCGCUGACAGUUGAGAAUGGCUGGGGCGGAGGGGUCUGCUGGACGGCAGUCGGAGCUGGAGCCGGUGGUAUCGUUGGUCGACGUUCUAGAGGAGGACGAGGAGCUGGAGAACGAGGCGUGCGCCGUACUGGGCGGCAGCGACUCCGAGAAGUGCUCCUACUCGCAGGGCUCAGUAAAGAGACAAGCACUAUAUGCCUGUAGUACUUGCACCCCAGAGGGAGAAGAACCAGCAGGAAUUUGCCUAGCUUGCAGUUAUGAAUGUCAUGGAAGUCAUAAACUAUUUGAGCUAUACACAAAAAGAAACUUUCGUUGUGAUUGUGGAAACAGCAAGUUUAAAAAUUUGGAAUGCAAAUUAUUUCCUGACAAAGCAAAGAUAAAUUCUGGCAAUAAAUACAAUGACAACUUUUUUGGAUUGUACUGCAUUUGUAAGAGACCUUAUCCUGAUCCUGAUGAUGAGAUUCCGGAUGAAAUGAUCCAGUGUGUAGUCUGUGAGGACUGGUUCCACGGGAGGCAUCUUGGUGCCAUUCCCCCUGAGAGUGGCGAUUUCCAGGAGAUGGUGUGCCAGGAGUGUAUGAAGCGCUGCUCCUUCUUGUGGGCUUAUGCUGCACGGCUGGCAGUAACCAAAGUAUCUGCAGAGGAUGAUGGGUUGGUGCUGAAUGUUGAUGGAAUAGGUGAUCAGGAAGUCAUCAAACCUGAAAAUGGAGAUCAUCAAGAUAGUACCCUCAAAGAGGAGGUUCCAGAACCUGGACAGGAUGCUGUCAAGGAAGUUAAAGCAGAGCAGACUAAUGAACCAUGUACCAGCUCUAGUUCUGAAUCUGAUCUCCAGACAGCAUUUAAGAAUCAACAUCUCAACCCGGAAUCACAGCCUGGCUGCAGACUUCAAGAGCUUAAUGCUCAGCGGUUUCUAAAGAAAGACACUGCCACCUAUUGGCCCGUGAACUGGCGCAGCAAGUUAUGUACCUGUGAUGAUUGUAUGAAAAUGUAUGGCGAGCUAGAUGUCCUGUUCCUGACUGAUGAAUAUGACACAGUUCUGGCUUAUGAAAACAAGGGCAAGGUCGACCAGGCAGCUGACAGGAGAGACCCUUUAAUGGACACCCUUAACAGCAUGGACAGAGUCCAGCAAGUGGAACUUAUUUGCGAAUACAAUGACUUGAAGACUGAACUUAAAGACUAUCUCAAGAGAUUUGCUGAUGAAGGCACGGUUGUGAAGAGAGAGGACAUCCAGCAGUUCUUUGAAGAAUUUCAGUCAAAGAAGAGAAGACGGGUGGAUGGCGUGCAGUACUACUGUAGCUAGAUGGGGGCGGCGCCUUCUCUGUCCCGCGCCUCCGCAGAGGCCGCUUGCUGUGCCAGGAAUAAAAGGGGCGUACCGCACACCCGGCCCUGUUCCGGCCUGUCCUUGGAGAGGCCUCCCCUCCAGCCUUGAGCUUCCUCUCCUCCUCAGCCACAAGUAGCCGUAGCGCGGGUGCUGAUUUCACAACCCGCACCCUCCGAUUCCGCAGACCACAGGCCUGCCACCCGACUACCAAAUAAGCCCCAGGUUAUUUGCCUCGAAGUUUUAAGCAGUUUGAUUUGGUUUUGAGAAAGUAAACUAGUUUCUUUGCUAA